AUGAAACUGGAGGCCCGCUCAAUCAAGUUGGUUGUAAUCUACUUGGCUUUGGGGUGUCCAGAACGCAUUCGUUUCGAGUAUGAUUACGUAAAUGUGGAUGGAGGAAGUUCUGGAUGUGAGGGCAGUAUCACACCAGCUCAAAAUCUGAAUCCAACCUUCACUGCUCCUCUCUCCAGAGAAGCAAUUGCAAAUGGCGAGGGUAUGACGAAUGGACUUCGUCGUUUGCUUCAUCUCAGCGCUAGCGAAUAUCUCAAUCUCAAGAGUUUCAAUCAGCCCGCCCGCGCAGUCCCUGCUGCUUCUACCAAACCACCUGAUGUUGAUGAUCCGAAGAAGACUGCCGGCUCAUCGAUAUCUCCAAUGAAGGAGCAGACAAAGAACGCUGAACCUGGCUCUUCAAUUAAUGCAUCUGCCUCUCAAGAGUUCGUCACCCCGACGGCACCAAUAUAUGGUCUUGUCUACUACGGCGAGGGAAAAAAUACGAAACGUAAGUUCGCAGUUGCUCGAAAUUUGGAUAUGGUAGGCCCAGCAAAGGUUCCCGCGUCUGAUCCUCCCCCUUCGACUUCGUCAAAUCAAGUCGAAACCAUCUCAUCCUUAGAAUCUCCUACUAAAAUCGCUGAGGCUGUUGUAGCCGCCGCUGCGCCUCAUAUUCGUUCAGAGACCUCUCAACCACUUCCAGAACAACCAGCCACUUCUUUAGACGCUCUGCGUCUUUUCAAUCAAAAUCAGGCCCGACGCUAUCGGGAGAGGUUGACAGCUGUGCGAAAGCAGAAAGCACUUGCGCGAGCACAGGCUCAAAGAGUGGUGCCUGCAUACAAGGUCCUUCCUCAUGUGGAAGAGAAGGAGCAGACUCCAAUUGUGUCCAAUCAAGAUCUAAGUUUACCCUCUGUUAUCGAUAGUUGCUCGAACACAUCUGGAAAUGAAUCUAUUAUCUCCCUGCUUAAUGCUUUCAUGACGAAUGAUCCACAAGGUCUUGAUCAGACUCAACACGAUCAGAAUCAACAGCAGUUACCUUCCCUUCAAGAGGAAAAUCACGAACAGCAAAUGGAUCAAAAGCCGAUUGUGGUUCCAUCGGAAUUCUAUCAAUGUACUCAGGCGGACAAUAUGCAGCCUCAUGAGGAGUCCAAUUCAUCUCUAUCGACUUUCAUUCGUAAUUUGACGGCGGGAGCUCAGGUCUUCACCACCGAUACGCCAGUUGAGAUUGUGAACUUGGACGAUUCUAUUCAACAGAAAAUUUGCCGAGAUAUGAUGCGACCACCGGAUAGCUCUUCAGUGGACGUUCCAACGCAUCAGGUCUACAAUGUGAUUCCUAAUCUCGAGUCGAAUGCUCCACCUCUCUCCAAUGAUGUCUCUCUCUCUGGUGCUUUCAUUGCGGCUAAUCCGCUCAUGUCUCCUCAGAUUCACGGUGAUGACACUUUGGAGUAUCUCCAAAAUCAGGACGACAAUUUUCGACAGACUGCUACACUUCAAUUAAUCGCAAUAUGCUCGACGUUUUUUCUUGUCGUCUAUCUCCAGCUUGCACCAGGUGGGGAAGGAGCGGGGUGGGGUGCCCCAACCGCUCCACAACGUGUCUGGCGUCUAUAUGGAUCAUGGAACUUAGAUAACUUUCCGAAGAUUUCAAAAGUUCAGUGGUGUGUAUCGGAAGCAGAAUUGCGAAUAAGUGUGGUGAACAGCUUUCUUAAUAUCGAUUGUCUUUCUCUUUUUAUCGUUUUUUUUUCUAUAAAAUUAUGUUGUUGUCCAAUCGUUGAUUUUACAGUAAAGAGCCAAUAUCUAUGGGAAAGAUUUGAUUGCCUAAUUAGGGGCAAUUCGUUAGAGUUCACAGUGAAUGUUUCUAAUGAGCUAUGCCCUGUUUUAUUAUUUAAUUCACCUAAAUUUGGUUCAUGUAAAAUGCCUAUAAAUUUUAGACGGCUUUGCUAUUUGUUGCAACAGAUUCUAUGA